AUGGAUGGACUGCAGGCCAUUUUCGGUAGAUACAGCCCAGAGCUGGAGCUGCUUUUUCGCAUCGCCAUCUUCACACCUUUCAUACCCAAGUCGAUGAAGCACCUCAAGCCCAAGACGAACAAAGCGAAGAAUUUCCCAUACAUUCCCAUGCUUGUCCACCUGGUCACAGGCCCUCUUCAGUUCAUCCGUUACUACGCCAAGUACGUGACAACUCGCACAUAUCCGUUGCCAGACGAAGUAGAUUUCGUUCUGAUGUCGCUUUUUCUCCUCUCAUCCGCGCUGCUGCAAAUCUCACGGUCCAAGGCAAACUCUACCAUUAUCAAGACAACAUUUCAGACAACAGUCAUCCAACAAGGAGUGCCAUUCUUUCUGGGCUAUCACUGGAACGAUGCCAAUCUCUUCCGGCUCAGCGUGCAACUUCUGAACUGGUUCUCGUGGUUCCGCAUCACACACCGUGUCCUCCCACGCGUCGUCCCACAUCGAUUCAAAGGACUGGGGAAAUAUGUGGUUUGUUACGAAGCAACCCUCGUCUUGUCUAGUUGUGUUGCUAUGUGGGAAGUGGGUUAUCCUGGCGGCGUUGGGGCGUUCCUGGGGAUAUUGACCGUACUCUUGUCCCUUGAGCGGACACUUACUAGAAAUAUUGCUAGCAUGCAGGAGAGGCAUAUGUUGCGGCGGCUACUCGUUAACUUGGGCUUGGUUGAUUUCGAAAUCCUGCGCCCUCACAAGUCGGAGUAG